UUGGUGAACUGUCUUUCAAAGUGAUUUAGAAUUUGAAGUAGUAACUACAUUUAGUACAAAUGGCUUCAACAGUGCACUAUUUUGCAGCGUAUGGUUCGGAAAGAACAGUUUUGAAGGAUGUAACAACACCGAUUCAUAAUGGAACGGCACACCAUACCACAACCACCAAUCGAGUAAUCACUAGAGGAAAUGCCGUAUUAAAUAGUCAGCUGUCCACGACCUCAGAAAACAAAGAUAAACGUCAUCGCUCCGCAUUCACCACAAAGCAAACUUACGAGAUGGAAAUUGAGUUUCGAAAAAACCCCUACCUUUAUCGUUUACGCCGCAUGGAAAUCGCCAAACGUUUGUGCUUACGUGAAAGACAAGUGAAAACAUGGUUUCAAAAUCGUCGCAUGAAGCAAAAGAAAACUUCUAAAGACCUAAAUUAUAAUGACCAAAUGAGCGCAAAGGAUUCUAAAAGUUUGAGUGAACAACUCGAGCAUAAAAAUAUAGUACAACGUCUUUUGUCGUACUCCAUUCAUCCUUCUGUGAGACGUCAGCUAGAUAUGGCUUGUGAAGGCUCGGAAGUUAAUGUGAGAUCGAACAUAGCCACAAAACUCGCACCACAAACUGUAGAAGUAUUUACGAAAAACACCAGUGAUUUUCCAACAUCUUGCCCAUCCACUGAUCUGGGCGAAAUCUUGCAGCACCUGUGCGAAAAUACAAACACGCCAGGCCCUACUUCCAUUGGAAAAGUCACUGAAUUGGUAUCGUUGAACUAUUCGGAAAAUUGUAGAGCGGACAAUCCAGAAAUAGAGAGAAGAGAAAAACCUUCAGAACAACUGAAUAUCGAAAAUAUAUCCAAUGGCUUGUCUUCAACAUCUCAGUCGGUCUCUUGGUGUGAACCUUUAUAUUGGUUGGCAGAGAAUGAUUUGUAACGAAUAAUAAAAACAAUCAGGCGAUCUACUCUGUAAGGCGAUGUGAAUGGUAAUUUCAAUGCAAAAGGAAAUUUAGUAUUCUGUAUAGAAAUAUCGCAUUUAUAUAUAUAAAUAUCUUAGAAAUAUUGUUUAAAAGGCAUCGUAUAAAGAUUCGCAUCGCAUUAGAGAGUGGACUCCCGGCCCGAAUACUUAGUCGUCAUAAGUACCUGGAUCUUAUAAUCUUACUGAUUACAAUUGUGCGAACAUAUAAGCUUAAUUAACUUAUAAUUACUUUUCUACUAAACCGUGUGUGUCAUGAAAGAACUGAAGUACGGAUACAAACAUACGUACUUAUAUUGGAUUAAAUAUGUGAAUAUAUGAAUUCAAUCUUCUAAAUUUGUCUAUAAAUAUGUAAAAAGAUAUACCAAAUUAAUAUGUAAUUCAGAAAAAAUUCUUUUGUAUAAAACUAUAUUUUUUCAAAGUUAUCAAAAUAUGCGCAUUUUCGAAGUCAUGUUUUUAACUUAACCAUCCCCAUGGAUUUGUACAUCUAUGAACAGAGAAAUAGCGCACUUAUAGGGUCCUCUUCACGAAUUAUUAUUGUAGCGUAUUUAUGCCAAUGUUAUAAUGUGAAUCACUUCUCUUUAAUACCGGACAAUAAGUCCCGUUAACUUUUUUAAUGUUGCGUUUAAAGUUAACAAAAUUAAACCUAAUUUUUUUCGGUAAAU